UCUCCAACAACCUUAAUUGCUCUCACUUUAACCAUUUUCAUAAACCAAACAAAAAAGGGUUACUCAAAAACUCCUUUUUUUCACAAACAUGUCUUCCUCAGAGUGUGUGUUUGAGUUGGGCGUGGAGUUCUCAGAGGCCAACAAUGUUCUUCUCAUGUCACUGAUGGAAGAAACACAGGAGGAAGAGUAUUAUCAUGGUGAUGAUAGACUUGUGAGUAUGAUUCAGUCAUUGGAGGCUGAGAUCGGUGACACCGAAAUAGCUCAAAUGGAUGAUCAAGAUUGCUCCACGUCAGACAGUGAGGCUGAUCAUUGGGCUGAGAUGAACAUCAUCUCUUCCUUUCCCUUUGAUGAGAUGAAUUCAUGGAUGCCUUGUGGAGAUGAGAUGAUGGAGCAUGCACCAAUGGAAUAUGAAGAAGCAAGUUAUAUUGAAGAUUUUCAGCUGUGCUAUGGACUUUUCUUGCAGCAACAAUAUAGAGAAACUAAUUAUUUUGAACAAGGGCCAAGUGAUGUACUUUUCUCAAAUUAAUUAACAUAUAGCAGAUCAUACUUGGAAAGAGAAGAUGAUUAACAUGGUUUUCUAGCUACUUUAUAAUUAAUUUUUGGAGGUGUCUUUUAAGUACAUGUUAAUGCCAAACUUUUUAUUUUUA